AUGUCGCUGUCGCCGUCUGCAGCCUCAAACGACUCAGAAGGACACACCAUCAAGCGUCGACGCACAGACAGCAUCGCGGAUACUCAUAUGUCCCAAUCACCCACAGACGGUCCGGCCCACAACGCCCAGCCCACAGCCCAUAUCCCGAAGAGAGGCGCCAGAGCCUGCACCGCCUGCAGAAAAGGCAAGAACAGGUGCGAAGGCGGCGAGGCAAGUGCUUUUAAUCCCGCUCCUUGUCGUCGUUGCCAGAUCAGUGGUACUCCAUGCAUAUUCGAAAAACCAGAGAAGAAGAAUCCUCAGGCUUUGUCGAACCAGAGCGUAGAGCGCCUGUCUCGUCUUGAGGGACAGUAUUUGGUUAUGCAAAGCCAAAUGAUUGGCAUGCAAUCUUCGUUAGACCGGAUUUUAUCUCUGGUCCAGAAUCAGAACCAACCGGGGGUAUCGCAGGUGUACUCGUCUGUACCCCCAAACCCACCCCGCGACCCUCCAGCGUACCCUCCUCCUAUCUUGCCUGCUCAUAGGAAUGGCUUCGAUGCUCCAUCAAACAGUAGCGACCAACACAGAGCAAGGGCAUUCCCACCCUUACCUGGCUUCGCACCACCUCCCCACAAGUAUGCCACGUAUGGUAUUGUCCCCAGCACGGCUCCUUCGUCAGACGAUGAGUCUGAAGACACGCUGCCAAGAGCCUCACUGAAUGCACCAAUAGAGGCCCUUCAAGGUCUUGCGAAUGCCGCUGCUGAAGCAGCUGCAGUUACUUCUGCAUCUCCUCCAAGAGUCAAGAAGCGCAAGCGCGCUGAGCCCAUCCCCCGAAAUGCAUUCCCCCACGUCGUUGAGAAGGGCCUAGUUUCCGAUGCCGAAGCUCGAGAGCUCUACCAUAUAUUCUUCGCUGGCUGCCACUUGUUCAUUCCGCUUUUCGAUCCUUCCUAUGACACCUACGAGUCACUCAUGGAGCGCACGCCAUGGACCUUUGAUGCCAUCCUCGCAAUCGCCAGCAAAAUUCGCAGCGGUAGCGGGCCUCUGAGUUCCACCUUCUACAAGUGUCUGGAAGAAGCUCAGGGUAUCGCAAGAUCGUCCCUCUUCGGCCCGGUGGUGAGAAAAGAAGCCGUGAUGGGCAUGCUACUCUUAGCUGCAUGGAGUACUAAUGGUUGGCUUCCCAGUGGCCACGCUAUGCGCAUGGCUCUGGAUCUCGGUCUUCAUCGUGCACUUGAGAAACUGGCUGAUGAUAAUGGUAAGAAGAGGACUGAGGACGAGGAGCGAGACCUGGUCGUAUCGGCUCGCAUCUGGCUAUGUCUCUAUUGGUUCGACCAUCAAAUGAGUCUUGGCACGGGCCGGCCUAUCGUCCUGCGGGACGAAAACUCGAUACGCCACUGUCGAUUGUUAUUGAAGCAUCCGAUGGCGAGUCCCACGGACGUGCGCCUGAUCUCCCAGGUAGAGUUGAUUGGCCAGAAAACUCAGAUUUACGAAACGCUCGCACCAUUGAAUGGGCAAGUCAACCACAGUACGCUAGCAUUCAUUCGACGCGCCAACGUCGCUUUGGAUAAAUGGUGGCAGGACUGUGACGAACUGCACCGACAAACUAUGGAGGAAGACGCCUUGCUUCGCAAAAUCCUCGCGGGCGAACUCCAUUACGCCAAGCUUUGGCUUGUUUGUGUAGCUUUGAGGGGUGUUGCCUGGGACAAGAUGCCGUUUGAGCAACGCGAGCUUGCUUUCCAGGCCAAAGAUGCCGCUGCCAACGUGAUCUCAAUAUUCCUGACCUCUAAUGCAUACAGGGCCGCCUUGCGAUAUGCAGUACAUGACAGCCUCGUAACGGCUGCAUUUUCGGGGUUGUUCCUUCUAAAGAUGGCCAAUCUUUUCCCAACAGAACUCGACCUCGGUGCGAUCAUAGCGCAAGUUGAACAGCUCGCCCAAUUGUUAUCUGAAGUAGCAGCCGAAAGGUAUGCAUUGACUCUGCGCAUCAUGCUAGCGAACCUUCGUCGCAAAGUCGGACUCGUCGCUGGGGCCAUGUCAAACGCCUCGGCAAUACCACCUCCCCAAUUUGCCGAAGGUAUGCUCGUUCCCUCGCCAGGUCCAGGUACCUUCGUCGACCCUACCCUACCCGCGCCCUUCACGAUGGAAGAACUCGGCUUCGUAUGGCCUAGCGACAGGAACGAUAGAAGCAUCUUCGAUCCAAAUACGAUUCCCCUAUGGCUACAAGAACAGAGCCUGACGGACCUAGGACUCCCCGUGAACGGAUCCGACGGUAUAUUCCUCCAAGUGAAUGGGUCGAACGGGUGGGCCGGCGAGUUUGCUCCCAUGCCAGAGGCGUGGUGA